CCAACUCACAGGCACCCAUUUAACAAAUACAAACAACCCCCCAAAAAAGCAUUCUCAUUCCUUCCCCUUUCUCUCUCUAAAUCCCUUCUUUUAUCUUUCCAAUUUCUUCAAGGAAACCAGGAAUUCCCCCAUUUGCACACAGAACAAUCCAAGUUUUUCUUCUUGUUCUAUCGUCUUCUUAGUUUCUAAGACGAUCCGCUUGCAGAAACCCGUUUAUUGGACUUGGGUUUUGUCUAAAAUUUCUGAUCGGUUACAUCUAUAGAUAAGUGAUUGUAUUCCGAGAUAAGUACGUGACGUUUGAAGGAUAUUUGCUGCAUAUACAUCGAAGCCAAUGACAUCAGUAAGCGUAGUUCCUGAUUCUGUGAUAAGGGAUCACGGUGGGAGUACAAUUGGCGUUGACAGGUUGCCCGACGAGAUGAACGAUAUGAGGAUUAGGGAUGAUAAGGAAAUUGAAGCCACCGUUGUCGAUGGAAAUGGUACCGAAACAGGCCAUAUAAUUGUAACAACGAUCGGUGGAAAGAAUGGCCAACCAAAACAGACCAUCAGUUACAUGGCUGAGCGUGCUGUAGGACACGGUUCUUUUGGAGUUGUAUUUCAGGCAAAAUGCUUGGAAACGGGUGAAACCGUUGCAAUAAAAAAGGUUCUUCAGGACAAGAGGUACAAGAAUAGGGAGUUGCAGACCAUGCGUCUUCUAGAUCACCCAAAUGUCGUGUCGUUGAAGCACUGUUUCUUCUCAACGACCGAGAAGGAUGAGCUUUAUCUUAAUCUUGUUCUUGAAUAUGUCCCUGAGACGGUUCAUAGAGUUAUCAAACAUUAUAACAAGAUGAACCAAAGGAUGCCGCUGAUCUACGUGAAACUCUAUUUUUACCAGAUUUGCAGAUCUCUUGCGUACAUUCAUAAUAGUAUUGGAGUAUGCCACAGAGAUAUAAAGCCUCAAAACUUACUGGUUAAUCCACACACCCACCAACUCAAGCUUUGUGACUUUGGCAGCGCAAAAGUCUUGGUUAGAGGCGAACCAAAUAUAGCUUACAUCUGUUCUAGGUACUAUCGAGCACCCGAACUUAUAUUUGGUGCGACAGAGUACACUACAGCCAUCGACAUCUGGUCAGCUGGUUGCGUUCUAGCUGAAUUACUGCUUGGACAGCCGUUAUUUCCCGGUGAAAGCGGAGUCGAUCAGCUUGUUGAGAUAAUCAAGGUUCUAGGAACCCCAACUAGGGAGGAAAUUAAGUGCAUGAACCCUAAUUACACAGAAUUUAAAUUCCCCCAAAUUAAAGCUCAUCCAUGGCACAAGAUAUUCCACAAGAGAAUGCCUCCAGAAGCCGUGGAUCUCGUUUCGAGACUACUUCAGUACUCUCCGAACCUCCGAAGCACAGCGUUGGAGGCUUUGAUUCAUCCAUUCUUUGAUGAACUCCGUGACCCGAACACUCGUCUUCCCAAUGGACGUUUCCUUCCUCCAUUGUUUAACUUCAAGGCUCACGAAUUAAAGGGAGUACCCCCCGAGAUGCUCGUGAGGCUUAUUCCAGAACAUGCAAGGAAGCACUGCAAUUUUCUCGGGUCGUAAGGUGGUCGGGUAUUAAGACACAUAAGGGUGUAGAAAGUAGUAGGUAGCAUAAAAUGAAAAAUGGAAGGCGUAUUAUUUGUUAUUUUGUUCCCCGUUUAAUUUGUUCCGAUGCCCAUAUUAUUUUUUCAUAUGUAUCACCGCGGUCGUGGUCGUGGUCGUGGUCGUGGUCGUUUUCCCUGUAGAAAUCAGGUUGAGAAAUGGUUGUGGUGGGUAUGUUCUUAAUACCUUGAUGAUGGAUAGAACAACAACAACAACAGCCCUUGAUUUGUAGUUAACAAACAGAUUGUAAUUCCUUAUUGCAAAUGAACAUAACCUUGGAAUAUGCUCACCGCCAAUUUUGCCACUACAAUUACCACCAUAUCAUCAACAUUUCUUCA